AUGCUGGGCCUCAAUGGAGUGGGCAAGACGACGGCACUGUACAAGCUCCGAUCGGGUAGGGCUAAAUUGGACACUGAGCCUACAAUGGGCCUGAACGUGGAGACUAUUGAGUUCAAGUCGGUGUCCUUUGCUCUGUGGGACAUCGGAGGGAACGACAGGAUACGACACAUCUGGAAGCAUCACGGUCUCAACAGCGCGGAAACAGAUGCCAUGAUUUACGUGAUCGACAGCGCAGAUGUAGUCCGGAUGGAUCUGGCGCGCGCUGAAUUGGCGGCGCAGGUGGGGGAAUCAGGGUUGGGAGCCCUACCGCUGCUGGUCUGGGCCAACAAGCGACUCGGCUGUCCCACGAAAGAGAUAAGGUCUAUGUUUUAG